CCUGGAUUUCUAAUUAUCACAAUCUGUAGCGUCGUUUUCUGUUUUCCCACAGUGCGCGCGAGACGCAGACGAGGGGCAGCCGUUUUCACAUGCGUUCGCGAGAUUUCGCUUCUUGGUAACAAGUCGCGUCAAGUUGUAGUUUUGUCGCUCGACGUUGCGUGAGAGAACUUUCCGAGGGCUCUGAACUCUCUUGCACAUUCGACUGCCGACACCGAUCGAGAGGCAGACAAUGAGCGACUCCGAAGACUCGGAUAUCCUGGCCGACAUCCAGGCUCUGGACGAAGCUUUAGCCUUGUCGGCGAGGAAGAAGUCCCAGCCAUGUGCUAGCAGCAGCAACCAACUGUCUGACGUCUCGUCCGAGGACUCCAAGGAAAGCGACGAUUACUUGGAUUAUCUCCGUACGAAUCGGUCUAUCGAUUCAACUCUGAACGUUUACGAGAUUAACACAAGGUUAAUCGCGGGCUUGACGAUAACCAAGAAGAAACUGACCGUUUUACUGCAAGAGUGCGAGCAGAAGAUAAAGCUGCUGGACGAGAAAAUUAUGAAAUCCAGGGACGAGUUGAGCCUUGGCUCGAAAUUGGCGCUCAGUAAUGCUGGUAUGCCAUAUUUUAAGGACAAGGGCUACUUCAACGCUCCCAAGAAUAGUGAUGCCAAGCGGAAAGAGGCCAAUGGCGAGAUCUUUCUCCCGUCUCUGAAGAAGCCGAGUCGCUGGUCGGGAAGGGACAGAGAUACACUUUUAAGCGCCAUAAACAACCAAGUUCUCGAAUUGGUACUGCGCUGGGAGUACAACAACGAGACUAACAAGUCCACGUCUGAUGAUCAGGCGAGGGAAACGAAAGCGGUGCUCCCCAGAAACUUUGACGAGAUGGUGGGACCGGUGGGCGGGGGAGAGUUCGACUGGCACAAGAUUUCCGUUAUAGAUUUCGACAACAAGCAUUCACCGGGCGAGUGCCAAGCUAUGUGGAACGUUUACCUCCACCCCGACUUCAAGAAGACUGAAUGGACGAGCACGGAGGAUAACAGACUGCUGGAGUGCGUGAAAAAAUACAAACACCAAGACUGGGAUGCUAUUACGCAGGAGCUAGGGACAAACCGUAGCGCGUACCAAUGUUUCAUUAGAUACAAUACCAUUAAGAAAGUGCCGUCGGCCGGAUGUCCUUGGACCAAGCAGGAGGAUAAGCACCUUUUGAAGAUUAUAAAUGUGCUCAGGGUCGGUAACUUUAUUCCCUGGGCCGAGCUCGCCAAUCACAUGCGGCACAGAACCAAGCAGCAAAUUUACGUUCGAUGGGUGUACAGGAAGGCGCCGCAUUUGAGGAAGGGUAGAUUUACUGGCGCGGAAACGUCGACUCUCCUGACGGCGGUACAGAAAUACGGAACGAACUUCUGUAAAAUUUCAAGCCACGUGAUGCCACAUCGGACCUCGAUACAACUCCAAGGGCAUUACGACACGGUGACCAGUAAUUUAAAAAAUAAAAUAAAUCGGUGGACGAUCAGCGAUGACACAGAGUUAAUUAAUUUGCAAAUAAAAUACCGCAACGACUGGUCCAAGAUAGCCAGGUUUUUCCCGAACAAGUCAAGAACACAAGUGAGGCAUCGAUAUGGCUCGUUAAUAAGAUACAUACAAAGAGGUUUCAGUCUCGAAGCUAUACCUAGACCGUUCAGUUCGAUUUGCGAGAGAAAACAGCUUAGAAAGAACCAGUUAUCCAGUAAUGCGUCAAAAACUUGCAAUAAAGUAAGUACGCUAAAGCCAGUGCAACGCGUACAUGGUUUUGAUAUUCAACGGAAGUUGUACGAAACUCUUUCUUUCCCACCUGAGGUCCGAGCUAGUAAUUCUGAAGUAGCGCCUUUCGACGUCGAAGAGCUUGCGCAUUAUACUAAAAGAUUGUUCAACACACUGACCUUGUUAAAAGCCAAUCUUGAUAUUCCGGAAAUCGAUUUUCUGCAUUAUGUGCAAUUGAAUGACAGGGAAAAGCAACUCUUAGUUUCUUUACAAGAAUAUAUAAACGUGGUGAAAAAUAACGGAAUAGCGUAUGAAGAACUAGUAGAAAAACGUAGAACACAGAUGUUCGGUUGCACCCCAGAAGUUGGCGAGUUUUUUGUACCGCCACUUCCGUUCGACGGAUACGUAAGAUUACUCAAAAAGACUUUAAAAAAGAAAAAGAACACGUCGAUAGAUUACAAUUUAGAUGAUAACAAGAAGUUUCUUAUCGACCUUCCUAUAGACUUCUCUUUAAAUGUCGACGUGCUGCCUUUUAUUACUCUCGAGGAGGAGAUACAAUUUCACAAAUUUGGUCACUUUUUAUCAACUAAUUACCAUGAUUAUGACUUAAGAGAUAUAGAUCUAUAUAAAUCGUUGAGACACAUGAAAUGCGUCCUCCAUUUACCUGAAGAAACCCCUUCACGUUCAAAUAUAGCUUUACCGGACCAUCUAGAACUGAAUGUACAUUCAAAAGUAUGUUUGGAAGAUUACGAACAACUAAAUGAGACGAAGGAAAGUGUCAAUAUUAACGAAGACGAUGAAGUGGUGAACACGAAUGAUACAAUUCUGCCGAGUCAAGCGACUUUGUUAGGGUUGAAGAAUUUGCUCCUUUGGAAAUUACUGUACGACUGUGAAGCUGAAUCUCGUCAACAGUGCGAGGCGAUGGCGUCAUUGGUAAAAAAGCGAGAUCCAGAACAAACUGCGGCGAAUUUUCAGAAAACGGAGAGCGCAGAGUACAAGUUACUGCGAACUCGCCUACUGCAAUUAUUUAAGUAUCCUAUAAGUUUGUCAAACACCAUACUGCAAAUGCAAGGGCCGGAAAAGAUAUUUGUAGUAAAAGAGAAAUCGAACAAAGGUCAGAACAAAGAACAAACGUUUCAGACGAGAAAAAGAAAAUAUGUAAGUAGAGCGCAAUUAAACAUUCCGGCUAAUGUGAAAUCUGACGUUACAACGCGAAAUCUUCCUGCAGUACGUAGCUGUAAAAUAGUUUGCAAGAAAUACAAAAUCGUCGAAAAAUAACACGUGAUUCUCGAAACCUUUAAAUAUGAAAUUAGCUGUAAGAAGCAUUACAAUUUUAUUUUUCUGCACAAACACAUAAUACAUGU